AGGAAGCGGAAAUAAGCCUUAUGCUAGCAGCUACAUUCAGGCUCCGUGAACGGGCUGUAAGCGACAGCAGACACACAGUGAUUGUUGCCUCUCCAGAGGAAACAGGGAGUGGAUAGUCACACGAUAGGGCUUUCGUUAGUUACGGUGGCGACAUCGAAACGGAAUAUCCAGAGUGGUGACACACUUUGACCUUUAUGUGAGGUCUAAGCCCUAAAGAAACGGGUCACAGACGGGAGGAGAGACUCGGAGAGAAGCAUUUGACCACAGAAGCCAGGAUAACAUUUUAUUUUUUAUUCAGUUCCUGAAACACAGCUGCAACCAGCAGUUUUCUACCAAGCCACAACCACCAUGGAGGCCAUUGCCAAAUAUGAUUUCAAUGCAACUGCUGAAGACGAACUUAGUUUCAAGCGUGGAGAUAUCCUUAAAGUAUUAAAUGAAGAGUGUGAUCAGAACUGGUACAAGGCAGAGCAUAAUGGAAAAGAUGGCUUCAUUCCCAAGAAUUACAUAGAGAUGAAAGCCCAUCCGUGGUUCUUCGGGAAGAUUCCCCGGGCCAAAGCAGAGGAGAUGCUAAACAAACAGCGGCACGAUGGGGCCUUCCUCAUCAGAGAGAGUGAGAGUGCGCCUGGAGAUUUCUCCCUCUCUGUGAAGUUUGGAAAUGACGUCCAGCACUUCAAGGUUCUUCGUGAUGGGGCUGGAAAGUAUUUCCUAUGGGUGGUGAAGUUUAACUCACUCAACGAGCUGGUGGAAUACCACCGCACCUCCUCGGUCUCUCGCAAUCAGCAGAUCUUUCUGAGAGAAAUAGAGCAGGUCCACCAGCAUCCCACAUAUGUGCAGGCACUCUUCGACUUCGACCCCCAGGAGGAGGGAGAGCUGGGUUUCCGACGCGGCGACUUCAUCCAAGUCCUGGACAACUCUGACCCUAACUGGUGGAAAGGAGGCUGCCACGGCCAAACGGGCAUGUUCCCCCGUAACUACGUCACCCCUGUCAAUCGGAACAUGUAAAACAGUCAGACCAUGUAAACAAGAACAACAACCACAACACGGCAACCAUCACCACCACCACCACCACCAUCAUCAUCUUCAUCAUCAUCUUUGAUCUUCAUCAGCCCCCACCUGACC